AUGGCGGCCUCAUCAACAGGAGCUGCAGCAACGAAGCUGGAUCAGUUCCUAUAUCAACCUGCGAUUGUGCCCUACCCUCUCACGCUCGCAUUCGCCGUCUUGCUCGGUGAGCAUCUACGAAUACUGUCCCCCACCCGCGAGGGAUGGCAUUCCGCAAUGUGUCAUCGAUCGCUAACCAACGCUGGAUCCUUUGUAUCGUUCACAAGGCUUUCAUGGCUACAGAAGUGCGUCGUUGAACCGCUCGGGUGCUACGGCGGCGUGUAUCCUUGGUUACAUCACCCUCGCAAACCCUCUCAAGCUGUUUGGGGUCGCUUUGCUCGUCUUCUACUUUGCUGGAUCCCGCGCGACCAAGGUCGGUCAAGGUUGUGAAUGCCAGGUUCAAUUGACCUUGUAUUGAUUCUUCGCCGUGUCAUGUGUCUGCAGGUCAAGGCGGUGCACAAGCUCUCCCUAGAAGAUCGCCAUACGCCGGAACCCACCGCCUCGGCCUCCACCCCAAAGCGCCCCUUCAAAGCCGGAGGCAACCGCGACGCCUUCCAAGUCGCCUGUAAUGCUCUCUUCGGUGCCCUGUGCGCCAUCACCUGGCGCAUCCUCUACGGCGGCGAAGUGCUCGAGUUCAGUCAGGAUCGUCGACUCGCGAUCUGGAAUGCCGCCAAGGUCGGCGAGAGGUGGUGUGUGGUCGAUGAGAGGGUUCCUUCGAGUAGGGCUUUGGUGUUGGCCGCUAUUGCUUUUUGGGCUUGUUGUGCCGGUGAUACAGUCAGUCGAUUGUCUCCUCUCUCCUGCAUUCCUGCAUUCCUGUCGAUCGAGUGCUGAAGCUUUUUGAUUCCCCCCACAUCGUUGGCUCGGAUCCCCUCUGUUCCGCAGCUCGCAAGCGAGGUUAGACUCAAACGCUACGGGUAAUCCACAAUUUUAACCAAUACGCUAACGUUCCAUCGUAUCGUCUUUCGUACCCCUCGCAAAGCUCGGCAUCCUCUCCUCCACCCCACCGCGCCUCAUCACCUCUCUCCGUUCCGUACCCCGAGGCACAAACGGUGGCAUAUCCCUCUGGGGCCUCUUCGUUUCCCUCCUUGGUGGAAUCCUCAUCGGCUUUGCUGCGGCUAUAUCAUUGGCUUGGGAGAACCCGGAAUGUUCGGGGCUUGAAGUAACGAGAAUUGUGUGGGGGGGUGGGAAGGUGGUAUUGAGUUUGCCUUGGUGGGGAUGGAUCGUAGGGUUGGGAGCUUGGGGUGGGCUAGUGGGGAGUUUGGUGAGUUCUUUCCCUACUCAAACGACACCCUUGACCGACCCGAGGAAGACUACCUUGCUGACCAACUCAUACGCUCCCCAGAUCGACUCCCUUCUUGGCGCGACCCUCCAACCCUCCUGCUACUCCCUCACGCGGAAAAAGAUCGUCCAUUCCUCUACGAACCCUAAAGACCCGCAAGAAGAAAUCAUCCGAGUCCCCGGAUCGGGGGUCGCGAUCCUCUCGAACAAUCAGGUCAAUCUGAUCUCGAGUGCUUUGACGGGUUCCAUUGUUUUGGUGUCCAAUUGGCCGAAAUGA